CCGGCCAAGGCCUGCGUAGCGGUGCGCUUUUUCCUCAUCCUUAAAGAAGUCUGCCAGCGAGCUGGGGAUAAAAAACGCGUUAUAACCACAUUUCUGUCUUCAGAGACCGGGUUUAACAUUCCUGUGUAUGCUCUAAAAUCGAGUUAUUUUUUUGUACCGAGGGACUGUGAAUGGACCAUGGAUUGUGUUCCUGCUGUUCUGGAUGAGUUGGAUGGUAAAAAGGAGGCACCCAUAGAGGACCCUGAGUACAAUGUGUAUGCACGCUUCAUGAAGUCGCACCGCUGUUAUGACCUGGUGCCCACCAGCUCGAAGUUGGUUGUAUUUGACACUUCACUCCAGGUGAAGAAAGCUUUCUUUGCUUUGGUGUCAAAUGGAGUAAGAGCUGCUCCUCUCUGGGAUAGCAAGAAGCAAUGUUUUGUCGGAAUGCUGACCAUCACAGACUUCAUCAAUAUACUUCACCGCUAUUACAAAUCACCUCUGGUUCAGAUAUAUGAGUUAGAAGAACACAAGAUCGAGACAUGGAGAGAAGUUUAUCUGCAAGAUUCCUUCAAGCCUCUUGUGAGCAUAUCACCCAAUGCCAGUCUGUACGAUGCAGUUUCAUCUCUACUGAAGAAUAAGAUCCAUAGAUUACCUGUGAUAGAUCCUCUGACAGGAAACACGCUUUACAUCUUAACACACAAGAGGAUCCUCAAAUUCCUGAAGCUCUUCAUAUGUGAGAUCCCAAAAACUGCCUUUCUCUCUCAAACAUUGGAGGAAUUGAACAUCGGUACUUUUCACAACAUCGCAGUGGUGAAUUCCAACACACCGCUGUACGCCGCGCUGGGGAUCUUUGUGGAUCAGCGGGUGUCUGCUCUCCCUGUGGUAGAUGAGAACGGACGAGUGGUUGACAUUUAUUCCAAAUUUGAUGUUAUAAAUCUGGCAGCUGAGAAGACGUAUAAUAAUCUGGACAUCACUGUGACUAAAGCUCUACAGCAUCGCUCGCAGCAUUUUGAGGGCGUGCUCACCUGCCGAGACAGUGAGACUUUAGAAGCCAUUAUCAAUCGACUAGUAGAGGCUGAGGUUCACAGGUUGGUUAUAGUGGAUGAACAGGAAGUUGUGAAAGGGAUCGUUUCGCUGUCAGAUAUCUUGCAGGCUUUGGUGCUCACCAACGGAGAUGAUGGCACAGCUUGAUUGAAGUGCAGAUCAGUAAAGCAGGGCGUCUCUUUCCUUCUCUGUAUCAGGAAAGAUUAAAAAGAAUGUAUAAUAUACACUUACCCCAAUAACAGGAGUAUAUAAGGCACAACUGAAGUUAUUAAGUAUACAGCAAGUAAAGAAAGUUUAAUUUGUGACCCUGGACAGCAAAACCGGUCUUAUGUGUAAAAAAAUUCAAAAUUGAGAUUUAUACAUCAUCUAAAUAAUUAAGCUUUCCAUUGAUAUAUGUUUGUUAGGUUAGGACAAUAUUUGACUGAGAUAUAACUAUAUUAAACUCUGGAAUCUGAGGGUGCAAAAAAAUCUUAAUACUGAGAAAAUCGCUUUUAAAGUUGUCCAAAUGAAGUCCUUAGCAUAACAUAUUACUCACAAAAAUAAAAAAAAUAUAUAUUUAUGGUAGGACAUUUACAAAAUAUCUUCAUGGAACAUGAUCUUUACCUAAUUUCCUAAUGAUUUUUGGCAUAAAAUAAAAGAUUAUUUGGCCAAUACAAUGUUUUUUUGGCUUUUUCCACAAAUAUUCACAUGCUACUUAAUGACUUCAAGGUUUUGUGAUGCAGGGUCACAUUUGAAAACAAAUACCCCUCACUAUGAAGAAACUCCUUCUUAUGUCAUUAGAAAUUAUAAACAUUUUAUUUGAUUUAAAAAACAAAAAACAUGAUCUUUUACCCAUAAAUCAAUAUUUCAAAUUAUAGAAAAUGUAUGUCAAAUAAGAUGAGGAUCUGCCCUCACAACGAAGUAAAAGAAUAAAGUUUGUGUGCCGAAAAGAAAUUGACACUUAAGGUUUGACAUGGUAAAUUGAAAGUGAGAGAUGUUAAAAUUUUAUGUCCAGCUAAUGUUUGCAUCUCAGUGGGCAUUUCAGAAGCAUUUACAAAAGUUCAGAGGUGAGUCCUCUGCAGCACACCAAAAAUGACUGUUUCUAAAGUACCACACAAACAUUCCCUCCUUCAGUAUUCAGGAGAAAGAAUCAUUCUUGGCAGAGACAGUUUUCUGUAGUUCAACACUAAGAGCCAUUUAAAACAUCAUCACAAUGUGAAGCACGAAUAGCAGAAAUAACAAGAGCGCUUUGAUAAAACAUUUUGAGAUUGGGAAUAGGGUCAUGGUAAUUUUGUAAUAGAACCACAACACCAUAUUAUAAUUUGUUUUGUGUGUGUAUGUUAUACAGAAAUGUAGUUCUUUAUCUUUCAUUUUGAUUUCUUGUUUGGGGCCGGUAAGACAUCCGUUAGCAGCCCUCAUGUUGAUGCCUGAUGGUGUGUCUAUAUUAAAAUAAUGCUACUAAAUUCACUUUGGUUGCUUCAUAAUUCACAGCCGGUAAACAUUAUGUUUUUUUAUGUAUAUAAAGUAUCAAUAAAGGUACAUUCAGCGUGAUUGUUCAUAGGAACAGAGCUGUGUAAUGAAACUUCCUGACAGCUGUAUGAGAAAAACGUUAUUUUGUCCUUGUAAAACAUCGUUCUAAGAAAUAUUGAUGAUAUUGUUUGACAAAAUGUACAGUGGGGUCCAAACGUUAGAAACCCAUUGUGAAAAUUGUUCUAUUUUGCAUUCUUUUCUGAUAUAUAUUUGUUUUCAACACAGAUGUUUUCCAAAUAAAUUGAUACAUUUUUAAAUUUAUAAAUUAAGUAAUCCCUGCAUGUUUAGUGAUUUAUAUCUCCACUUUGUGCUUUGAAGCAACAAAAUCUGAUAUUUUGUACAAGACAAGAGUAAAUAGGUUAAAAUCUAUGAAAUAACCUUCAUCGAAUUUCUGACAUUUACUUUCAGGUUUAGAUGGAAAAUCUCAGUUUUAAUUUAAUUUGGUUUUCAACUGGAUUAUUGGAGUUGUUGCAUCCCAUUAAAUGACCAACACGAGGACUAUAGAAGCUGUCCAUCGGCAUGUUGUUAUUUCGCGUUGGAUCCGAUUUUCUCAGCACCAUUGUAUUGUAGUUCGACUUCCUACCGAAAAAGAGUUUCUUCUAUCACGUUUAUAUAUUUUGCUCUGUAAUUAUUUUUAUGAAUUCAUAAUAUAGAAUGUAAAUAUGCCUAAACUGUUUUCUAUCAUGUCAAAGAUGUUUUAUUCAGAUCACAAGAACAAUAAAAUGUAUUCUGUUUGUCACA